GUCAAUCAGGAAGAGCUGUCGGAGAAUUCCAGCAGCACCCAGGGUGAGGAGCAGGAGGAGGAUGUCGGCAAGAACCGCCACAGACACUUGGAGAGCAAGCACCAGAUGAGGACCAAUGUCAUCCAGGAGAUCAUGAACACUGAGCGGGUGUACAUCAAGCACCUCAAGGACAUCUGUGAGGGCUAUAUCCGACAGUGUCGCAAACACACGGGAAUGUUCACUGUUGCGCAACUAGCCACCAUUUUUGGAAACAUUGAAGAUAUUUACAAAUUCCAAAGAAAGUUCCUGAAAGACCUUGAGAAACAGUACAAUAAAGAGGAACCUCAUUUAAGUGAAAUAGGAUCCUGCUUUCUGCAACAUCAAGAGGGCUUCGCCAUCUACUCCGAGUACUGUAACAACCACCCAGGCGCCUGCGCGGAGCUGUCCCGCCUGAUGAAGCAGGGCCGCUACCGACACUUCUUCGAAGCCUGCCGCCUGCUGCAGCAGAUGAUCGACAUCGCCAUCGAUGGGUUCCUGCUGACGCCGGUGCAGAAGAUCUGCAAGUACCCUCUGCAGCUGGCCGAGCUGCUCAAGUACACCACGCAGGAGCACAGUGAUUACAACAAUAUAAAGGCAGCCUACGAAGCCAUGAAGAACGUGGCCUGUUUGAUCAACGAGCGCAAGCGCAGGCUGGAAAGCAUAGACAAGAUAGCACGGUGGCAGGUGUCCAUCGUGGGCUGGGAGGGGCUGGAUAUCCUCGAGCGGAGCUCGGAACUGAUCCACUCCGGGGAGCUGACCCAGGUCAGCAGGCACGGCAAGAGCCAGCAGCGGACGUUCUUCCUGUUUGACCACCAGCUGGUGUCGUGCAAGAAGGACCUGCUGCGCAGGGACGUGCUCUACUACCGAGGCCGCACGGACAUGGACGAGGUGCGGCUUGUGGACCUGGAGGACGGGCGGGACAAGGACUGGAACCUCAGCGUGAAGAACGCGUUUAAGCUCGUCAGCAAAACCACCGACGAGGUUCACCUGUUCUGUGCCAAGAAGCAGGAAGACAAGGCGAGGUGGCUGCAGCUGAGGACCGUGCACCCUGUCCUACGGUUCAGGCACUGGUUCCUCCUGUCGCCCUUACCGUCCCAGGGUCUGCUCGCCUCCAGAUGUCAGGAUGCCACAGGGACCGGGGGCCUUAAAGGAAUGGAAAUUUCAGAAAAUCAAAAGAAACUCGCCAUGCUAAAUGCUCAAAAGGCAGGACAUGGGAAGUCAAAGGGCUACAGCGCGUGCCCGGUGGCCCUGCCGCACCAGAGCUUGCACCCCCUUCACCAGCGCCACGUGACCGUGCCCACCAGCGUCCCCCAGCAGCAGGUGUUUGCCCUGGCAGAACCCAAGAGGAAGCCCUCGCUCUUCUGGCACACGUUCAACAAACUCACCCCUUUCAAGAAGUGA